UUCUGAAUGAGGGAGAGGCUUUCUGUAUGUUUUUUUGUUUGUCUCCUUCCUUCUUCGUCUCUUUACUUCUCCGAUUUGGCUAUCAUCGGUCUUCCGAAACGUUGACCUUGGAGCUUGAGGGUACCAAAUGGCAGCCAGAAUUCGAUUAGAUGCGGUAAUAUCCACGAUAGUAACGGUGCACCCGCACGAGCUUCCGGCGUUGCUCCACUCCUCUUCCUGCUUCUUCUUCGUAUACCGAUCUCCUUCUCUCUGUCUCUCUUUAUGUUUAACCAUUCAUUUCGAGUGUCCUUUAACUUUUAUUUCUAUUGAAUUAGAUAUUGAGCGCGUAUUUCGUAGUUCUUCCACUCCGCGACGAAGGAGCAAUAUCGCUGGGAUUAUCAAAGCUACCAGGCCUUUUCGUUGGAUCAUUGUUUCUCACUCUCAUUGCUGCUCCUCUUUCCACCUUCAUCUUCUCUUUGCCCAAUUUGUCCAAAUCCAAGGCUUUGGUUAUAAUUCAUAGAUUCUUUAGUCUAUCACUUGUUCUAUGUUUCCUUCUUUGGAUGGCCUCCCCGACAGAGUCUAAUUCAAAGGAUGCAGUUGAGGCGGCUUCCGGCCUUACAAAUGAUGGAGCUAAUGCUGCUACUGGAUGGGACAACCAUGGCUGGUUUUACAUUUCUGUCCGGGUUGGAUUUUUCCUUUGGGUUGCGUUGCUUAAUCUUGUCGCUAUUUCUUCAACGUGGGCUAGAAUAAUAGACGUUAUGGAUAGUGAGUCAGGUGCAAGAUUGUUUGGUUUUGUUGGUGCUGGUGCUACCCUUGGACAGCUUUUUGGAUCUGUAUUUGCUGCUGCCACUGCUUGGAUGGGUCCAUAUUUACUUCUAUUUGCUGCUCUUUUGAUGGAAUUUGCUGCACAGUCUUCAAAAGGGAUCACUAAUGAUAUUUCCCAGUCCUCUGAGGAGUUGUCUCCUCUAAGGGGAACUGAUAAUGAUCAUCAACGUGAGAGAAAACAGGAGGCUACUUCUCCAAAAGUUGGUUCUCCAAAAGUUGCUUCUCCUAAAUCGCCCAUCUCCACAACCAGACCUCAGUUUUGGGCCAUCUUAGAUGGAAUGAGACUUAUACUAGCAUCACCUUAUCUUUUGCUCGUGUCUUUGUUUCUUUGGCUCGGUGCGGUCAUCUCCUCAUUCUUCUAUUUCCAAAAAGUGAAUAUAAUUGCUACGACAAUCAAAUCAUCCAUUGGUCGAAGAAGACUGUUUGCCCAGAUAAACAGCUUUGUUGCAGUUUUCAUACUCAUUGGACAACUGACUUUAACGGGGCGUAUCUUGACUGUAGCUGGUGUCACGGUUGCAAUAUCUGCAUCUCCAUUUGUUGCACUUGGGAAUUUGGUUGCUAUUGCCAUAUGGCCAACUUGGGUUACGGUUGCUGUGUCUGAAACCCUGAGAAAGGUGACAACUUAUGUUGUAACUAGACCUGGAAGGGAACUCUUGUUCACCGUUGUCUCGCAAGACGAGAAAUACAAAGCUAAGGUAUGCAUAGAUGUAAUUGUUCAACGGCUUGGAGAUGCUGCAGCGGCGGGACUAUUUGAAGUCCUUACCAUUGCUCUUGGCGGUCAAACGUCAACUGCUUCACUCUAUGCCCUGCCAGUAUAAUAAAAGCUUCCUACUUUCAGACAGUUCGUCGUGUAUGAGUAUUAUUUCUCCAUGAAACUCCUCAUCAAGUCUCCAUUGUUUUUUUAACAGGUGUGUUUAAUAUGGAUAGUCACAGCGUUCUUCUUGGGCCGGCGACAAGAACAAUUGGCGAAACUCCAGGUGGGUUCAUCUUCAUAGGAACAAAAUCUUAACUUUGAUACAGAAGAUGAGAGGCUUCAACGUCAUAUGUAGGAGUUAUGGGAAAACAACUUAAACCCGACCGACAUGAAGAUGAAGGAUCACAAGGCAGAGUAAUGGUUUAGAACUUAGCUUAAAGAAUUCAUAUGUCUGCUGAUAAAUUAAAUAUUGUACAAAGGGAAAUUACGCUCUUUCUUUUGAGAGCGGAGUAUAUGUAACCGAACUUGGUUUUUCUCUUCUUUUUUUUCUUCAUUCAAUUAACUUGCAAAGAG